UUAAGAUCCUCUGGGUGUCAGCAGCAAAGUCAGUUCAUUAGUCAGGUCGACGGCCCGCUGAGGAGGUUUUGGCUUCAGUCAUCAGUUCAGGUGGACGCUUUACAUCUCCACUAACAGGAUGUCACCGUCCACGUCCCCCCGGUUCUUCACGGAGAGGGAGGUGGCCCGCCACUGCACCGAGGACUCCUGCUGGGUGCUGAUGGGGAGCAGGGUGUACGACGUGACUGCCUUCUUGCGGAUGCACCCGGGUGGGGAGGCACUAAUACGCAGCCGCUCCGGCAAGGACGUGAGCCAGGCGAUCGAGGGACCCCCACACCGGCACUCUGAAAACGCCCGGCGGUGGCUGGAGCAGUACUACAUAGGGGAACUGGACAGAGACAACGGCACCGACGAGGCACAGACUCUGAGAGAGAGAAAUAAGGCCAGAGAACAGACAGAAGGAGAGGAGGCAAAGAAGACUACAGCGCUGAAAGACGAGGACGGGCACGCCCCGUACAACCUCUGCAGCUCUGUGGACCUGGACAAGGAUUUGGUUGACUGGCGGAAACCCCUGGCGUGGCAGGUGGGCCACCUUAGAGAGAAGUAUGAUGAGUGGGUACACCAACCUGUUGACAGACCUAUCAGGCUGUUUGGGAACCCCUUGAUGGAGGCCAUCACCAAAACCUCCUGGUAUUGGGUACCCAUUGUGUGGCUCCCUAUAGUGUUUUAUCUCAGCUGGCAUUGCUACACCACCCUGGCGCAGGGCACCAUCAGGGUAGCCCUCACUUCAGACUUCUCUAUCCCCAUCCAUAAAUACUUAUUCCCAGUCCUCUUCUUGAUUGGCUGGUUCUUGUGGUCGUUCAUGGAGUACUGCAUCCAUCGCUUUGUCUUUCACAUGAACCCGCCAGCCCAUAACUACUACCUCAUCACGCUGCACUUCCUCCUUCACGGGCAGCACCACAAGUCUCCAUUUGAUGGCUCACGGCUGGUGUUCCCUCCCGGCCUGGCCUCCUUAGUGGUGGGAGUCUUCUACGUGACCCUCAGUAGCGUGCUCCCAGACAUCCUUGGGUUAUGCGUGUUUGUCGGUGGGCUGGGCGGCUACGUCGUAUACGACAUGAUCCACUACUACCUUCACUACGGCUCUCCAAAGAAAGGCUCGUAUCUGUACAGCCUGAAGGCCUACCACGUCAAACACCACUUUGAGCACCAGAAAUUAGGUUUCGGAAUCACCACCAAGUUUUGGGACCACCCCUUCAACACAGCCAUCCCUGAUGAGAAGUUCUAACAGUGAAACAGCUCCCCUGAAGGGCCACAGGACUUGUCAGCCACCCUCUUUAGCCACCAGCCCACAUUCUCUAACCAGCCUGAGUCCUUUAAUUAAGUCUCUGCAGCCACAUAACUUCCACAAACGAGGAGGACCUUCAGGGCCACUGCAUCCAUCCAUCCAUAGUCUGUGUAAUACAUUAACCAGCACCGCAAUAUUAUCUUGAGCUCAGUCAUCUGGGUGUGUGUCAACCUGCCUGCACUAUUUACCCACUGUGAUUGUUUCCACUCAGAUGUGAGGCCUUUCUGUGCCAUUGUUAUAUUUUUUUACUAUUAAGCCAUCUGUGCUUCACCGCACCGACCUGUCACACGAUCGCCACUCAGAACGUGACAGCGUACAGCUGGGAGGUGGGCCGUGGGGGGAACUGUGAUGCGUGUGGUUUGACAGAAAAAAUAUGUCUAUUAAAAUCCAAAUUCAGACAGAAAAAAAAAGCUGACAAAGCUUCAUUUAAAAAAAAAAAAAAAGCACAACACAAAUGAAGGCAUAUGCAUGCAAAAGGCA